AUGGAAGAGCUGCGAGAACGUGUUUGGCAUGGUUCACUCAAUGUGGAAAUUAUGCUAUCUGAUUCGAUAGUAGUACCGAAUACCCCUCUUUCUGAGAAAUGCUAUCACAUAGUUGUUUUGCGAGAAUCUUUCUUGGCAUUAUAUCUUCCAGCAAUAGUACGAAAGCUUGGAAACAAUGUGAUUGUCACGUAUGAGAACCCUUAUAAGCAGUGGUGGUUUGAAUAUGAUGGAGUGCCCGUUCCUUGGGAGUAUCCUUGUGGUGUACUAUUCGACUUUUUAUGCAACUCUUCGACCACUUCAACCGGUAAAGAAGAUGAUCAACGACUACAGAUGUGGAAACUUAAACUAUGUCACGGGAACAAAUAUCCACCUGGGAUACUUCCAUUGGUUGAUGGUUUGCGCCAAGUAAAAGAUCACUGGAAGCACCAGUGGAAACAGGCAUGUUUCAUUCUAAAUGGUUCUGCGAAGCGUAUUAUGUCGUUAUCAAUACCUGAUUUUGAAGCUUUCUGGCAGAGUUUAAUAUCGAGACAUCAGCCAGACUACAUCAAGGUUCGGGAGAAGUUGCUCACACCGAAUAAAACUAAACAUAUACCUAUAAGAGUGUGGACUGCAGAUGCAUCAUUCCUACAACCUUCAAUACCCGCUAAUUCCGACACUAUGACGCUGUUUGAUGUUAUGACUUCAAUGGACAUUAAGCUUCAGGAAAAUAACAGAGCAAUUAUACAAGGCAUAGUGAUCUGUUCGGAUGAGGACAUUAUUAAUUUAUAUGAUUUAUUUGCAAGCAUUGACGGAUUUUUAUAUGUAGUCAUCAAAUAA